AUGCAGGUCAGAAAACCAAUCACGAAGCACGAGCGUUGUUGUCGAUCUCUGUGGGGGAAGAAACGGGGGCUGCUUAGCAGCUCUCGGCUGUUUGAUUCGACUGUGACAGCGAGGUGCGAAGGGAGGAGGUCCGAUGGCGAACAACAAGAUGAAAGGCGAGGCAGGAGGCGGCCUGAAAGGGGCACGAGGGUUCGCCGGUCGGCUCCCAAGCCGAUUUGGUCUCCGGAGUUCGACUGGAUCGAAGGGAAAGAAAGAGACAAGCAGCGAAGCUGCUAUGGUUUCGGGGAGAGGGCAGCCGAUUUCCGGCGAGCUUCUCUUGGUUCAAUGGUCCCGUCGUUGACAGGAAACAAGAAAAGGGUAGAAAGCUGGAAAUGGUUUAUGUGGACCAAUGCGAAGCAGGUGGGGCUACGCUUCCUUCAUGGCUGCGAGGUACGAUGGUUGUGGAUUGUUCCGGCCAACAGGGCUAAAAGGAAAUUGAUGAAUGGAAUGGAUAUUUGGGGUUAUUUUGAUAUGAAUCGCUGGGAUGGAAGGAAGGGAGAUGAGUGUGCAUUUGAGUGUCCAGGAAGAAGAAGACGAAGACGUACGACAAAUUGA